AAAAUCCAAAAGCUAGAAAAAUGGCUCAAAGAAAGUGAGAAGCACAUAGCAUAUUUGGAAAAUCAAAUUGGUAUUCGAGAUGAAAGCAUUAUCUUGUUAAAAACAGAGGUAGGCAAUCUCAAACCACGACUUAAAAAAGCUUUACAAGAUAUAGAAAAUAAGGAUAAAAUUAUUCCAGCUCUCGAGUCGCAAUUAAUAGAAAUGACUAGUGAAAUAUCUUCCCUUCGAUAUAGAAUCCAAAAACUUCAAGAAACAAUGGCAUUAGAUAUGAGACACCUGCCAUCUACAAAUACACCAGUUUUCAACUUAAUAAUAGAGAUGAGAGCAAAUAUUAAAAUUUUAGGCGACUCAGUCAGAGGUAAUAAUACUCUUUUAAGGGAUGAAAUCGAUAAUCUUCAAACUCAAACAGAAUUAAAAUUAACGAAAAUCCAAAAUGGGUGCUAUACUUUUGAAAACGAAGUAACUCAGUUAAGACAAGAAGUUAUAAAUUUAAAGGAUAUAAAUCACAAUCAGCAGGAGUUAACUAAUGAGCUGGGUGCAUUAAAUGAAACCCUUAAGGAGCAAAUUGAUGACUUAACUGAUAAGAAUGAAACUAUUCAAUUCGAAAUAAAUGAGAAAACCAGAUUAUAUGAUCAAGCCCAAGACAGGUUAGAUGAAUGUCGAGAAGAAAAUUAUCAAUUAAGAGAAUCUUUACAAGGUGCACAUGAAAAUAUUACAGAAAGUGAGUCAACAUAUGACAGGUUAAAACAGAAAUUGCGCAUCUUAGGAUUAACUCAUGUUGCAUGGCAGGCUCGAAAUUUAAGACAGGCUCAAAUUUUGGAUAUAGAAUUCAAUACAGCAAGAACGGCUUGGAGGAAUCAAAGAAAUAGAAAUCAACAUAUUACUCGGGAAUUACAAAAUUGUCAGAGUCAUGAUUAUUUGAAUAGUGUUGCUGAAAGAUUAGGUUACUCAGAUUAUGGAUCACGAGAUCUUGAUAAUUUAAUAAAAUUUAUCGAUAAUGAAUUAUAUAAAAGAUUAGGUCAUGAAAAUUAUCAUCUUAGAAGAGAGCCUUUUGGUCAAGUUAGAGAGGUUAAUACCAGAGUGAUUACCAGAGCUAGUACUUCGGGUGCAAAAAAAGUAUAUACUACAAAGAAACCGCAGAAGCCUACUAAAGUUACUUACAAAUGCUCAAAUUGUGGAAAAAUUGGGCAUAGAAAAAAUAAGUGUCCUAAACUCG